AUGAUAAAUAGUUCUCAAGACAAUAGCCGUGCUUCUGGUCAAUCUGGCGCUUCAGUCUCUUCUGAACAUGAGACCGAUGACCCAGGUCUGGUACCACUUGACCGUCUACUGUAUAGUAUUCUUCCUUCAUAUCAAAUGCACCAAGCAAUUGUUGCAAAAUCUUUGGAAUUUUCUCCCGAUUCAAACCAGCAGGUUCCAAAAUACGAUGAGAGCCAGGUACCAAGAGACCAUGAUUUGCAAGAUAGACUAGAAGGAUUGAACCUAACUACAGCCGAUCCCUACUUUGAGAGUAGGGAAACACAAAGUAGCAAUUAUCUAUAUGCCCCGAGCAAUGCUUCUACUAAUUUGCAAUCAUUCUUCUCUUCUGUUCCAGAGAGUGCAAGUUCUCAAGAUGACUCUCAAGCAAUAGAUCCAUGGACUUCAAAUCUCAGCAUGACAACUACCCAAGGUGAUGGUGAUGACUCAGGAUUUUCUUAUGUAACACCAGAAAUUGGGAAUAGCAUUUUGAAUUUCCAUCAUAACAUUCGACAAACGAGCAGCUUGUCUUACAAUGCGAUAGAUAUGUCUAUCCAUUUCACGUCAGACGCCGCUAUUCCAGGCACAAUCCCCAAUUUGAUAAAUUCUGAGACUGAAAAGUUCCAUACUAAUGGUGACCAUAUAUAUGGGUUUGUAAUCUCUGAAAAUACGACCAAGGAGCCAAUUCCUUUUAGUAUGUUUUAUGUUUUAUUUGAAGGAAACAUGUAUUUGUCAAAGAACAUAUUUACAAAGAUGAAAAACAAGCCUGCUAGUACCAAAAACUUCUUGCAAAGUGUUGAUCUAUGUGCAAGUUCUAAUUAUUCCGAAUCAAGAAGAGUUUUAAACUACGAUCCUAUUGAUGAUACGCACUUGGCUUUCAGUGAAGAUCGAAUUAUGUAUCCGGGAAUUAAAUACAAGAGGUAUUUUUCAUUUCAAGUUCCUUAUAAGUUACUUGACUACUACUGUGAGAAGGAAGGCUUAAUGAGACAGUCAGAACUACCUCCUUCAGUAGACUCAAUAAAUUCAGAGAAUAUGUCAUUCUUCAACGCUACUGUUGAAUACUCCAUUGAAGCAAUAUUUGUUGGGAAAAAUCAUGAUACAAAUUCUUACGUUGUGUUAAAAGAUACCUCUAGGAAUAUUGAAAUAAUUCCUAGAUCUCUAGACAUACCUACGACGUUACAGUAUAGAGAAGAAGUCAAGGAGAUAGAUCUACAACUACGAGAAAGAGCAAAAGAUGCAAUUAAGUUAGGUAAACAAGUAAGAAACUUGAUUCCAAGAGACGAGGACAGUAAGAGAGAAAACCUUAGCUACAACACUGGAGUUAGUGCACCACCACCUCCAUAUUACGAGCCAAAUAUCGGCUCGUCACCUAUUCAUUGUUUAACAAUUCCUAUUAGUAGGAAAACCUUUAACAGGACAUCCAAAGCAUCUGGUGUUUUGGAAAUGUCUGUUUCAACUUCACAUCAUGAGAUAAAGUACAUUCCAACUGUCAGCUUCAGAAGCACCGAAAUUUCGGCCCAGGAUUUAGCGAGUUGGACAAUAAAUAUCCCAAUUCAUAUGAAAUACAUACCCAUGUCGAACGAUAAGUUGCCAGAAAUCACUAACGUUACUGCAACUUUAGAAAGUUUUUCAUAUAUAUCAGAGAAGUAUAAAUAUCCUAUAGAGAUUGACUUCGAUAUGAUCUUCAACAAUGAUACUGGUGGAAAUUUCGAGUCAUUAGUAUUUGAGCCAUAUCGCAAAUAUUACAAUGAGAUCUUGGAACAACUUAAGCAUACUCAGGACAAUCCCGAAUAUGCUGUUGAUACUAAGUUGUUGGAAAACUUAAGAGCAAUAUUAAGCUGUAGAACGAAAAAGGUAGCUUUUGAUAUCCACAGCUGCAAUAUAAUGAACACAACUAAAUUAAAUUCCAGUGCCAUUCCUUGGACUGCGGAUUAUUUGAAUGCAACUCAAGAUAAGAAUGUUAUGGUAAAUCUUGAUCUUUCGAGAACUGCUGCAAUCAGUAAAACAUUAAAUAUCUCAGCGGUACUAACAAGUGCUCAACUACGAGGAUCAAUGUCAGCUUAUUCAUCUACUCCAUCUUUUGACAAAUAUAACAUAGUUCCAAGUUUUCAAAAUUGCUUUAUGGGGAGAAUCUACUACGUUGAACUAAAACUUGAGAUCCUGAAUGGUAAGAUUACUACUACAAAGAUUCCAAUUACGGUAGUACAUUAG